GCCGCUGACGUGGUUGUCUAUUCUGGCAAUCGGCGGCUUGAAUUUUGAUCAAAUAAUAAAUGGUUCAGAUCUAUAUGCGCUCAAAUUCAAUCUUAACUGUCUGUUGGCCGAAUGCUGCUUGACACCCCGCUUGGCAGAGGUGCUUGCCAGCCAGAUUCACGUUCUAAACCCAGUUCGAGUUUCGUGUUAUUGCUGGCCCUCUCUCUCUCUCUCUCCCAAGUUCUGAGCUUUUCAAAAGUGGGUCUCUGUUCCUUUUCUUCACAUCCGCGCUCAGCUUCAUAUCCGUUCGAAGGAGAAAAAGGAAGGAAAGCAAAAAAAGGGCAAACAAGUAAUCGAAAGGGCAUCCAGAUAUGUCAGCGCUCUUCAACUUCCAUUCAUUUCUUACGGUAGUGCUGCUAGGGAUUUGUGCCUGCACUUACUUGAAGAUGCAAUUUCCAGCACUUCUUGAACAGAAAACUGGGUUCCGAGGUUUCUUUUGGAAGGCUGCUAGAAUAGGUGAGCGUUUGAGCCCUUGGGUGGCAGUGGGAUGCUUCACGAUGGGCGUGUCGGUGAUCUUCUUCUAGUAAAGAGACAUGUUCACAAAUAUGAAGUAAGAUCUGAUGGCAUGUAUUUAACCCGUUGAAAUUUGAUGUCACGAAACAGUUUCUACAAUAGUAACUGUUUUUUGGGCCAAAUUAGAUCAGUUGACAACUCCAAUGAAGUGAAUUGUAUUGCACGAAAAUAUUUGGUCCGGUAAUGAUUAAAUGUGAAGAUGCUUCAUCGACACUGUUUAUCUAUUUCAUAAAA